CCUUCACUUCACACUUCACACUCCCCCUUCAAAUUUUUCAUCCUCACUCUCACUCUCACUCUCAUUCUCCCACCCCAAUAAUUCUCUUCAAACUCAAUCCCUUCUCUGCUGUAAUUUUGCACCACCGUAAGCGGCGGCGAUGGGCGGAUUGCGCCACCGCCAACUCACCCUUUCUUUUGCCACGCUUGCGUUUCUUCUACUCGCAUCAGUCUCAGCUCUGGGCUUCAGCACCCCAUCUCGCCAAUUCAGAAGGAAGAUUAUAAGGGAGCAGGUGGUGGAGCGGCGGCGACUCGGGGGGCUGGGGUCAUCGCCGCCGUCGUGCAGAUCCAAGUGCGGGAUGUGUGCGCCGUGUAGGCCGGUGCACGUGCCGAUUCAGCCUGGAAUGAGUAUGCCAUUAGAGUAUUAUCCUGAGGCGUGGAGAUGCAAGUGCGGGAACAAGCUGUUCAUGCCUUAAUUAGGACAAAAAAUAUGAUUAGGAGGAUGAUGUUUGAUUUUAGCCUGUAAUGUAAUGUACUAUUUAUCACAUAGUUGUAAUAUGCACAAACACAGUGUUUGUAUAGCAGUGGUAGACACCAUAACUGUUCAGCGCUUCAGAUUUAAUUUCAUCACAACACUUGGAAUUUUUCUUUUUCAGAUUUUAAUUUUGGCAAACUGAUCAAUAUGGCUUGGAAUUUGAUGUUUGUUGAACAGUUUGCAUA